GCACAACCAUCCUGUGAGGCAGCUGCCCCACUGAGGCAGGCACGUCCUAGAGGAGCUCAGUAAAUAACUCACCCAAGAGAAACCACAGAGCAGGAUUUUAAACACCAGCUUCCUGUCUGGCUUCCUGUCCAUGUUCUCAGCUGCUCCAAAGGGCAACCAGAAUUUUCUCAGCCCUCUCAAACAAUCCCACAUUUUAGGCAAUGAAGCAGCACCUCGAAUGGUAAGCAAACCCUGCAUAUGAGAAACGAGAACCGUAGACCCGGACAACUCCAUUAGGCCAUCAGCCCCAUCACUGGCCCUCCCUUUCAAGCCCCGGAAAUGCCAAUACGCCCCCCUGUGCUGUGGACCCCAUCCCUCUCGUGCGGAAUAAUCCCCAGAGCUCAUAGAGGGUCAGGAACACUUUGUGAGCCCAUCAGCCAGAAAGGAAAAGCUCACAGUUCACGGGACAUGUGAAGAGGUGCUCAACAGGGCACAGACUAAGCAACACAUCAAAUUACCCUAAGGUAAGGCUGCUCUCACAUCUCUAUAAGCUCAAGAAGGAGGGAAUGCAUUGAACAUGCUAAAUAAAAACACAGACGGUAUUGAGAAGAUCCAAGUGAAACUUUUAGAAAGUUCCACGUCUGAGGUUUUUCAGGUACUGAUGGGAUUGACGGCACAUUACUUCAGAAACAAAUAUCGCUGAAUACUGAGGAUGCAACAAUAGAACAUAUACAAGAUAAAAUACACAGAGAAAAAAGAUGGGAAAAAAUAAAAAGAGUCUCAGAGAGCUGCAGGACAUCUUGAGGCAGGUAAUUACACACAUGGACUUCGGGUCCCCAAGGGAUUGGGCUGGACAGAAUAUUUGAAGAAAUAACUUGCAAAAUAUUCCUAAAACUGCUAAAACUACAAACCCACAGACACAAGAAGCUCAACAAACAUCAACUUCAAGAAACAUGGAUGAAACUAUGCAAGUCAUAUCGAUAUCCAAGCGCUUAAAGUCAGUGAUUAAGAGGAAAGCUUAAAAGCAAAAAGAGGAACAAGACAUUUUCUGCGGAGGAAUGAGGCUAGGAAGGAGUUUUCACGGAAACAAUGCAAAGGACGGUAUUCAGCCAAAAGAAGGAAAAAACCUUUCAGAAACGAAGGUGACCCCUGCCCAUGCACACACACAGCCAGGGUGCUGUGAGUAGGAACCCCAGGAGACACCCCUGCCUCAUACCCAGGGUGUCGGCCGAGGCCCGGGGGGCGCCUGGUCUCACCCUCCUGUCUGCUCAGGGUGUCCACGCUGUCGCCCCGCAGCCGCGUCACUACCCGAACGUCCUUCCAGCGUCCUCCAGCCGUGGGAACAGGGCCCCCAGCCCCACACGCGCUCCAGCUGCAGCCUCGCCCUCCUGGCCUGGCUCCCAACCUGCACAUGCUCGCAUUCCCCGUUUAUCCCCUUUCCAUUCGUCCUUUGGCCUCCUCCAAUCCACCUUCUGUUCCCAUCACAUCACUCACCAAAAUAGCUCUGUCACCCACGACCCCGUGUCACCACCUCCAAGGGACGUGUCUGCUCUCAGGUUCCUCAACCUCCGGCCACCGUCUGACCCCUACGGCCACCUCCCUCCCAAGACAUGCGAUCCCACCGUGAGAUGUCAAAGCUGCCCCAGGGCACUGCUCACGGCCCCUUCUCUUCCCAACUGGGCCCCGUCCCCUUACCCUUCGGAGGCUCCACCUGGAAGCAGGUGUCUCCCCGGGUGGGGGGCGCCCAGAGUGUGUGUCCAGCUGCCCUCCCUCCCCCAUCGGAAGCGUAGAUGGAACCUUACACUCAGCAAGGCGAAGACUGAACUCGGGCCCCCUCCUGCUGCCCCGUCUCCGUGUCCAGCGGUCCCCACCCCACGAGCAGCACGAGGCAGGGAGCACGGGCGCCUCCCCCAGGCCCUUCUGAGCCUGCACAGUCUUCCUCCUGGACACCCUCAGUCCCGCCACCUCGGACCCCCUCCAGGGCCAUCGCCCCAGGCCAAGUUGGGACCGGCUCCUGCUGAACGGCGACAGCCUCUCUCCGCGCCCAUCCUGGCUCCUCUGACGCGUACUCUCCAGACCACGACCAAAUAAAUGUCUCAAAAAGCAAAUCGGAGCAGUCACCCCACGCCCCUCAGAGCCCUUAUGUCUUAAUCUAAAGACCAGCACCUUGACGUCUGAGCCCCGCCCACAGGGUCCUGGCUGGAAGGCUCCAGGUUGGUUGCACGGCCUCCCUCUUUCUGCUCAGGUAACCCCUGUUCAAACCUCAUCUCGAGCACCCAUUUUUCAGGCGCCUUUUCUGAGCCCAGUCUGAGUGGGGUUCCUCCGUUACGUCCUCCCCAGGGCCCUCGCUACGACUGGUACCCGCGCAUGCGCACUGACGCGGGCGCCGGUCUGGCUCGCCCAUCUCACCGGCAGGGCUCUGAGCACCGGGUGCUCUGCUGGCCACGAAAAUACAGGGGCUCAGCUACAAACCCACUCAAAAAACACUCUCAACAAAGAAGAGCUUCCUACUGAAUACACCAAACUAGUUAACGUGCCUCCUUCACUGUGAGCAAGAAACUGUGUGGUGACCCGACCAGUGUGCUCGUCCCAACAUCAAAGCAACCGGGUGGCCUGGAGCAUUUCUCAGCGUCUCUGUAAUGGAGCCCGAAGUUUUUCCAUCUUUUGUAAAUCAAAACUAAUCCUAGGAAACCUGGCCCCAGCUCUCGGCCUUGUACCUUGCAGGUAUCAUGUGCGCAUUCUCUUCCGUGUCACCUCCGACGCACUCCUCACCGAGAUGAGGGUGCCGGGAGCCCCCAGGGCCAUGGGUGACGUGCAGCCCAGCUCACCCGGGGUCAGAUGUCUCCCAGCUCGUGAGGUUCAUCUGGACCAGACAGAGGAUAAAAAUUGUC